AUGGAAGUGGAACAAGGCACGUUCCCAUUGCUAGGGACCCUUGGGGCUAGUCAAGCAUCCGGUAGUGGUUCAAAAGUGGUUCAAUCUUUGGCUCGCAUCAACGUCGAUACGUCGGAGACCGAUUCGCUACUUGCCAUCGAGAAGACACAGUCGGCGAAAUCCCCAGCUUAUGGUUAUUUUUUACCAUAUGGUCAAGUUGUGGAAGAACUUCUCAACAAACACAUACUUGCAAGCACUGGAAGGAAACCCUUCCAGUCGACGAGGUACAAGUACCUCGACAGCUGGAAGGGUGUCCUUCCAGUCGACGAGGUACAAGUACCUCGACAGCUGGAAGGGUGUCCUUCCAGUCGACGAGGUACAAGUACCUCGACAGCUGGAAGGGUGUCCUUCCAGUCGACGAGGUACAAGUACCUCGCCGGCUGGAAGGGCUUCCUUCCAGCCGGCCAUCUCCCCUUCCGGCCGCGGGUAUCCUUUGGGAUACCCGGAUACCCGCCGGCGAUUUGCGGAAAAGGGGCCAUCCGCACCCGCUGGCGGGUAUCCGUUGGCACAGGCGGGUAUCCGCCAGCGGAUAACGGGUAUCCGCGACGGAUACCCUUCGACCAUCUCUAG